AUGUCUAGAGAUAUUACCUUUACAGUUUUAGAUGAUCCCAGAAAUCUUACAUUUAUGUAUGCUGAAUUGGAAGUGGAUGAAAUAACUUGCAACGUUACUCGUUUAGUAAGAUUUCGCGUAGUGAAUAGAUGUGCAAGAGGAUGUUUAAGAAACGGAGAGUCAAUAUUUCCAAAGAAAGUACUAAGAGAUUUCAAAAAAUGUCCCCUAAAUUCUGGUUUUGCCACUCUACAUCCGUAUAUGUCUUUAAAUAAAAAAAAUAAAAACUACACAGAUUUUGAUCCUCUUACUGAUUCUGAUAUAAGUGGUGCCGAUGUUGAAUUAAUAAAAAUAGCAUCUCAAUACUUCAACACAACUCUUCGUUUAUAUUUUAUAUAUAGACAAGAAGAAAAUCCAUUUGUUGAUAAACAAUUUCUAGAUCUACUACAAAAUGGAAGUUUAGAUAUAUGUGCUGGAGGUCUUUACAGAAUCUAUGAUGAUAUAGUUGAUUAUUCGGGAGUGUAUACGCGGCAAGCCGUUGUUUGGGUUUACAGUGUUGAGCGAGAGAUACGGUCAUGGCAAUCUUUUGUAGGUAAAUUAAAAGGUAUCUAUGUUUUCUUCGUAUUUUAUUUUAUUUAUGCAAUCGUAUGGAAACUGAUGUGCAUAAUUGAUAAUCAGACCAUUUCAUUAAACGAUACAUUACUCUAUAGCGCUGGUGCUCUGCUUGGAACAACGUCAUUGCAAGAUGCGAGAUCUCUCAAGCAGAAAAUUGUCAACGUAGUGUAUCUCAUUAUGGCACUUCAUUUAUCAGCAUAUAUUGGCGUUCAGCUGUAUUCGUAUUUGACUAUUCAAGGUCCACCAACUCUCUAUAGAACUAUAGAUGAGUUGAUUUCAUCCGGAGUCAAGCCAUAUUUGAUGUUCACAGCGAAAUAUUUUCUAGAAGACAAGAAGUAUGAAAGCUUUGCGAAUACUUCGGGCUCUUGUGGGCAUUUCAUAGAUUGUGAAGAUGUAAUUUUGAAAAAGAAAGGUACGACUAUAUUGAUUGAUGGAUUUCUACCUCCGUAUCAAGCAGAUACUGCUGUUGGUGACGAAGCAAGGGUUGUCAGAGUGAACGAAGACAUUCUAUUCAUUUACCACGAGAUGAUUAUUCGGAAAAACAGUUACUUUACUGCGCCAUUUCAAAAGAUGGUUAUGCACCUUUUUGAAGCUGGUAUAUGCCAAAAGUUAUAUUUCGAUGCUAUUGGGAUCACGUAUGUGGAUAAAGCGGAUAUCGCGAAUAAAAAUAUAAUGUCUAACAGUUAUAGUUGUCAGGUAGGAUGUGCGAUCACUCUGUCCCAAACUGCUGGUGCUUUUUAUAUCUGGAUUUUUGGAUGCGCUGUCUCUAGUAUUGUUCUUAUUUUGGAAAUAUUCAUGCGAAGGGAGAAAAUACAGAUAAUAGAAUAA